CCAGUACCUCGAGUAAAACGUGAAUUUGAUUGCUCAAUUAAAUUAAUAAUAACAUAAACAUGAAUGGUGGAAAACAUUUUGGAAAAGGAUCUGCAUUCCCUACCUUCCCAGAAGAUGAUAAACAAUUACGUCUUAUCUCAGCUCGAUUCUGUCCUUACGGACAUCGUGUUCACUUAGUUCUUGACUCCAAAAAUGUUCCCUAUCAUACAUUGUACUGCAAUCUUACUGAUAAACCCGAAUGGCUACUAGAAAAAAGUCCACUUGGUAAGGUACCAGCCCUUGAAUUGCCCAACGAAGACGGUUGCCCUGUAAUUAUGGAUUCACUUGCUAUUUGUGAAUAUUUGGAUGAGAAAUAUCCCCAAAAUCCCCUAUUGCCACGAGAUCCACUCAAAAAACUUCAAGAAAAGAAUCUGGCAGAGAAACUUGGCGUUGCCGCAAUGCCAGCUGCCUUCAAAUUAUUUGUGAUGGGCCCCAUCAAAUCUCCCGGUUGUAUAGAAGAAAUGGAAGAAGCAAUUAAAGUUUUCGAAGAUGAACUUGAAAAUCGUAAGACCCCAUACUUUGGUGGAGAUAAACCUGGAUGGGUGGACUACAUGAUUUGGCCGUGGUUUGAACGUUUGGCUAUGGUUAAAUAUGUCUAUGGUGAAUCACAUGAUUUGGAUUAUGCAAAACUUAAGAAUUUGGCGAAAUGGAUUGAACUUAUGAAAGAAGAUGCAGCUGUCAAAUUAAUGUACUUAGAUGGAGAAACCCAUGCCAAAUUUGUCAAAACUAAGCAGGCUGGCAACCCAGACUAUGAUAUGUUAGUGAAACAAUAGAUACAUUUCAAAAAUAUUAUUUUAGGCUCAAGUUAACAAAGAUUUAAUUUAAAUGUCACAUUAAUGGAUCAAAAUAAAGAUGGA